AUGCUUUGUUUUCAUAGAACACCAUUUUUAUUAUCAUUAAAACAAAUAUCGUCUAUUUUUGUCUGUGAAUAUUUCUUUAAAAGGGGUACUUUCACUCAGAAUAUCAAAAUGUUCUUAUUAUUGUUGCUGUUCACAUUCUCUCAAGCCGACUUUGACUUGACCAAAACUGAUUUUGAACUCUUCAAAGAGUUUGAAGUAAAAUAUAACAAAAAGUAUUCAACACCAUCUCAACGUCUUGCUCGUCUCUCGAUAUUUAAAUCCAGUCUUGAAGAAAUUCGGAGACUGAAUUCAAAGCGAAAAACACCAUCAGAUGCAACUUUUGGUAUUAAUUAUUUCUCAGAUUUGACUCCAUUAGAAAUGGGUAUAAAUUCAAAGAACUUUAUUCAAGUUCAAAGAAAAAGUUCGACUUCCAAAAGUGACGACCUUCCGGUUCUUCCCGCUGGAGAUGUCAUUCCAGACUAUUUAUCGUAUUGUGGACCUUAUGUUCAGAAUAACACAGACCACCCCAAAAUAGACUUUUGUGCAACUCCACUUGACCAAAAAGGGUGUGGGUGUUGUUACGCAGCCGCCAUUGCCAAUCACGCACAGAUUUUGUAUGCUAAUAUGACGUAUUACAAAUACAACAAAGAUGAGACCAAAAUACAAAAGUUACUUUUUACUCCACAAAGAUUUAUAGAUACCAAAUAUGUGCUUCCAAGCGGUUUUACCAAUAAGAGAUGUUGUGGUGGAAAUAGUGGUAUUGCUAUUGAAGGCCAGCCGACUUAUUCGUUACAAAAAGACUAUGCCUUUUCUGAUGGAACUGACGCCUCUUAUAAUAUUCAACCGCCUUGCACUCCACGUGGAGACCAAAAUGCAUCGGUUGAGAUUUAUUUGAGGAACAAAGAAUAUGAUAUUUUCUCAGUCAAUCAAGCUGGUAAUCAUGCGCAACAAGUGUUGGCUUUGAAGAAAAUAUUACAUCAUUAUGGCCCCGUUUUGGUUGCAAUUCAAACAACUAAUACCGGUUUCCCAGCUUAUAGAAGCGGCAUAUUUACAUUCCCACAAGAUGUAUGUCAAAACGUUGUUACUGAUCAUCAGGUAAUAUUAGUUGGGUAUGGUAAAGACGCUGCAACCAAAAAAGAUUAUUUCAUUGUUCGAAAUACUUGGGGUUCUUGGUGGGGUGAAAAUGGCGGAUUUGCUCGAGUUUCAACAGACGUUUUCUGUGGAAUAGCACAAGACGAUACAAGAGGCUAUUUAUCACAAAAUUACAUUUUCUUUUCAGGUAAUUGUAAAAUUGAUCCAAAUUGCAAGACAUGUAAUACAACAAACUUGUUGUGUACUGAAUGUAAAGCUGGCACUAAUAAAGACAGAAGAGGCGUUUGUGUUGCACCGGGACAAUAUGAUUUUCAACCAGUUAAUCCACCAAUUAAAUGUAUUUCUGGGUGUUCUUCUUGUACUGAUUCAACCACUUGUAAUGUAUGCAACACGGGGAAAGUCCUUCAAAAGGACAAGAAAGCGUGUUUGGACAAGUGCCCAAGUGGACAAUACCCAAAUAGCAACAAACUGUGCACUUCUUGUGGCGUUUCUUCGUGUGAAACAUGUGUUACUUCACCUACUAAUAAAUGUGAUACUUGCCCAACUAAUAAAUAUCUGGCUGUUGAUAAAACAAGCUGCUUAGCAAGUUGUCCAAAUGGGCAAUACCCAAAUGCUAAUAAACAAUGCACAGUCUGUACCACAGCUAAUUGCGCCACUUGUAGUGCUAGUAAUGUGUGUACAACAUGUAAACCCAACUACACCAAAACAGCGACAAAUCAAUGCACCGCCACUCCUUGUGGUGAUGGCAAAUUUGGCACUCAACCCAAUUGUGGCAACUGCCUCGCGAACUGUAAGACGUGCACUAAUGCAACAAUUUGCACGGCGUGUACUGGAACUUAUAAAUUAAGUGAAAAUAAAAAGACGUGUUAUGCCACUUGUCCAAAGGGCACCUAUACUUCUGGAACUAAUUGUAAAAAGUGUACAACAACAAAUUGUGUUGCUUGCAACAACUCAAAUGUGUGUACCGAAUGUGCUGCUAAUUACCAGAAAACAACAUCAAAUCAAUGCGAAGUGAAGCCAACAACAUGCCCUUCAGGCCAAUACGGAACUCCUCCAAAUUGUAAAAACUGUCUUACAAAUUGUAAUAAAUGUGUUGAUGGCUCAAAAUGUGAAAUGUGUAGUGGUACUUACAAAUUAAGUGAAAACAAAACAAAGUGUUACUCGACGUGUCCUAAUGGGACUUAUGUCUCAGGCAAUUACUGCAAAAAGUGCUCAACUGCAAAUUGUGCCAUUUGCAACACAAAUAACGUAUGCACUCAGUGUUUGACUAAUUUCGACAAAACAGCAAGUAACCAAUGUGUUGCACAACCAUGUGGUGAUGGGGAAUAUGGUACUAAACCAAAUUGCCGCAAAUGCAUUUCUUUGUGCCAAAAAUGUACCGAUGGGAUUUUAUGUUCACUCUGUGCUGGUGAAGCUAAGCUUCAAGAAGACAAGAAGAAGUGUUACGCCACGUGUCCUUCGGGUACUUACGCCACUGCAACUUAUUGCAAAAAAUGCACUACUGCAAAUUGUUUGGAGUGCAAUAACAAUAACGAGUGCAAGAAAUGCAUCGACAACUUCGAGUUGAGUGGAACACCUCCAAAGUGCACUUCUAAAAGUGGAGCGUGUGGAGAUGGGUAUUAUGGAGAAGCAGGAAAAUGUCAGAAAUGCAGUGUGAGUGGAUGCAAGAGAUGUAGUGAUGGCGAGACGUGUGACAUGUGCAAUGAAAUUUUGAAUUUGGAAUUUAACAAGAAAAAAUGUUCGAAUGCAUGCCCAACUGGAUAUUUCGCAGAUAACCAAAAGUGCUUGAAAUGUGACGAUAAGUGCAAUAAAUGUCAAGCAUUGGAUAUGUGUAAUGAGUGUAACGAAAACUUUAAAUUCAAAGUCGAAGGGAAAUGUUAUAAUGAAUGUCCUGAUAACUACUAUGAAGAUAAAACUGUGUGCAAUGUAUGCAAAAACAAUUACCAAACUCCUUGCAAUACAACUGAAUGUGAAAAAUGUACAGCACCACAAAACAAAAAUGGUGUUGACAAGAUAUUCAUUUUAAUCGCUUUAGUCGUACUGCUUUUCCUUUAA